AUGUCAGGAAUUGCUCUUGGUCGUUUGGCAGAAGAAAGAAAGGCUUGGAGGAAAGACCAUCCAUUUGGUUUUGUGGCUAAACCAGUAAAAAAUCCAGAUGGUUCGCUAAAUUUAUUAAACUGGGAAUGCAAAAUACCAGGAAAAAAAGGGACACCAUGGGAAGGAGGAUUAUAUUCAUUAAGAAUGUUAUUUAAAGAAGAUUAUCCAAGUACCCCACCUAAAUGUAAAUUUGAACCUCCAUUAUUUCAUCCGAAUGUAUAUCCAUCAGGCACAGUAUGUUUAUCAUUAUUAGAUGAAGAUAAAGAUUGGAGGCCAGCAGUUACAAUCAGACAGAUAUUAUUAGGAAUACAAGAGUUAUUAAAUGAACCAAAUAUAAAAGAUCCAGCACAAGCAGAAGCUUACACUAUAUACUGUCAAAAUCGUGAUGCAUAUGAAAAGAGAGUUCGAGCUCAGGCUAUCAAAUUAUUAGAUGAUUCAGGAGGAAUUUGA